GAGGAUGAAGAUGAAGAUGAGGAGGUGGGGGCCGGGGGCCGUCCUCUCCUCUCACGGUCCCGGCGGGCUGCAGCGGACUCAACAUGGGGAACGCGGACUCGAAGCUUCACUUCAGGAAGGCGGUGAUCCAGCUGACGACCCGGACUCAGCCGGUGGAGGCCUCAGAUAACGUGUUCUGGGAUCAGUUCUGGUCCGACCCGUCCACCACCGUCCAGGACGUCUUCGCUCUGGUGCCGGCGGCCGAGAUCCGGGCCGUCAGAGAGGAGUCUCCGUCCAACCUGGCAACCCUCUGCUACAAGGCGGUGGAGCGUCUGGUCCGGGCCGCCGACUCGGGCUGCAGCUCGGAUCGGGACCGGGGCGUGGUUCUGAACUGCACCCGCCUGCUGACCCGCAUCCUGCCCUACAUCUUCGAGGACGCCGACUGGAGGGGCUUCUUCUGGUCCACGGUGCCCGGGGCCGGCCGAGCGCGGCGUCUGGACGGAGACGUGGAGGACGGAGACGCCCGUCCCCUGGCGGAGUCCCUGCUGCUGGCCGUCUCCGACCUGCUGUUCUGUCCAGACUUCACCAUCCAGAGGAGGAGCGGCGCGGACUCCAGUGAGGACGUCCAGUCCAUCGACAGCUGUGAGUUCAUCUGGGAGGUGGGCGUCGGCUUCGCUCAGGCUCCGCCCCCUAACUCCGCCCACGACAUGAACCGGACGGAGCUGCUGAAGCUGCUGCUCACCUGCUUCUCUGAGGCCAUGUACCUGCCGCCGUCCGGGAACCGAACCCUCAACCCCUGGGUCUGCUUCUUCUGCUCGCCGGAGAACAGGCACGCCCUGCCCCUGUUCACCUCGCUGCUGAACGUGGUGUGUGCCUACGAUCCGGUUGGCCUUGGGAUCCCGUACAACCACCUGCUGUUCUGGGACCGCAGGGAGCAGCUGGUGGAGCAGGCGCUGCAGGUCCUGGUCGUGGUCCUGGAGCCGGAGGCGGGUCCGGCCGCCGGCGCCGCCCUGCGGGCCCUGAGCGCCUCGCCGCCGCCGCCGCCGGAGGAGGAGGAGGAGCCGGAGGCCUCGGGACCGGAGAACCUCUUCGUCAGCUACCUGUCCCGGAUCCACCGGGAGGAGGACCUGGCCUUCGUCCUCCGGGGACUGGCCCGGCUGCUCAACAACCCGCUGGUCCAGACCUACCUGCCCCGGUCCGCCAGGAGGAUCCGGUUCCACCAGGAGCUGCUGGUCCUGUUCUGGAAGCUCUGCGACUUCACAAGGUUCUCUGUUCUGUUUCAGAAGUUCCUCUUCUUCGUCCUGAAGAGCAGCGACGUCCUGGAGGUGCUGGUUCCAAUCCUCUUCUACCUCAACCACGCCCGGGCAGACCAGUCUCGGUUGGGCCUCACACACAUCGGUGUGUUCAUCCUGCUGCUGCUCAGUGGAGAGCGGAACUUCGGCGUCCGUCUCAACAAGCCGUACUCGCUGCGCGUCCCCAUGGACAUUCCUGUCUUCACCGGGACACACGCCGACCUGCUGAUCGUGAUCUUCCACAAGCUGAUCACCGGCGGACACCAGCGCCUACAGCCGCUGUUCGACUGUCUGCUGACGGUGGUGGUGAACAUCUCUCCCUACCUGAAGAGCCUGUCCAUGGUGGCGGCCACCAAGCUGCUGCAGCUGCUGGAGGCGUUCUCCGCCCCCUGGUUCCUGUUCUCCUCGGCCCAGAACCACCACCUGGUCUUCUUCCUGCUGGAGGUCUUCAACAACAUCAUCCAGUACCAGUUCGACGGGAACUCCAACCUGGUCUACGCCAUCAUCCGGAAGAGGGCCCUGUUCCACCAGCUGGCCAACCUGGCGUCCGACGCCGCCUCCAUCCACAGGGCCCUGCUGAGGAGGAGGAGGAGGUCCGGGGUCUCCGGGAAGACCUCCGGGGACAGCCGGUCCAUGGAGGGCUCCAGACCGGCCGUCCCCGCAGAGCCCGGAACCCUCAAAGCCAGUUUAGAGGCCACUCCAGGACUGGAUAAGAUCACGGAGAAGUCUCAGGUGAGCGUGGACGGGACGAUGGUCUCCGUCCCUCAUCCGGACCCUCAGACGUCCGUUGGGACCGGGGCCACGGCUGGAGUCAGCGACACCGAGUCCAACUCGGAGAGAGACCCAGAGGUGGACCACACCGAGUCCGAGGCGGCCAGGAGUCGUCCGUCCAGCGUCUCGUCCACGGCGGACUGGAGUCCCACUACGGACUGGGUGUUGUCGUGGAAAGCCAAACUGCCUCUCCAGACCAUCAUGAGGCUCCUGCAGGUCCUGGUCCCUCAGGUGGAGAAGAUCUGCAUUGAUAAAGGACUGACGGACGAGUCUGAAAUCCUCAAGUUCCUGCAGCACGGCACCCUGGUGGGCCUGCUGCCGGUCCCCCACCCCAUCCUCAUCAGGAAGUACCAGCCCAACGCCAGCACCGCCUUCUGGUUCCGCACCUACAUGUGGGGCGUCAUCUACCUGCGCAACCUGGAUCCUCCCAUCUGGUACGACACCGACAUCCGACUCUUUGAGAUCCAGAGGAUUUAGAGGAGCGGGUGGUGUCCUCCACCCUCCUCCUCCUCCACCCUCCUCCUCCUCCACCGUCCUCCUCCUCCACCCUCCUCCUCCUCCACCGUCCUCCUCCUCCUCCACCCUCCUCCUCCUCCACCC